AUGGACGAUACCGGCGUUGAUGCGCGGGUGCUCUAUGCCAUAGGCGCUGCGGUCAUUCUGGCUGGCCCGAUCGCAUCUCACUUGUUCUUCCGCGGUGAAGAAAGGACCUUGACAUCGCGACUUCAGCGCUGGCUUCGAUCUCCGCCACGAUAUACGCACGGCUCACUUGUAGAGGGCCAAUUCCGUCUCAUUCACUUACUUCCGGGACAUGAAGAUGACGGUGUUCGAAUUGACCUCACGAACGAGUGGCUUAAGGCGCCAGUCAAAUACCAUGCCGUUUCCUAUGCAUGGGGAGAUGCUCGGGACAAAACAUACAUCACCUGCAAAGGAAAAGAGAUUCAAAUUACUAAAACUCUUUUUGAAGCGCUGAAGCGUUGGCGCUCCCCUACUGAGGAGGUUGUGCUCUGGGCCGACUCCAUUUGCAUCAACCAGAGGAACACUUUGGAGAAAACCCAACAAAUUGGGCGAAUGUCGGAAAUUUACUCAAAUGCGGAAGCUGUCAGAAUUUGGCUUGGGAGUGACGAUUCCAACAUCGAUGGAGUUCAGGAUGUCAUCAAGGAAGCAUCUGAGAUCAUCCCUGAGGAACGAGCGCAAGACGGCAAGUCUACCGUCUGGAAUCUGGACUGGAGACCUCUUAGGGCACUAAUGAAUCACACUUGGUUCGAAAGAAAGUGGGUUUAUCAAGAGGCGAUUCUCAACGAUAACACCUGGCUCUAUUGCGGGAAGCUCAUGAUGCCGUUUCAACCACUCUCAGAGCUGGCUCUGAGAAUGUCAACGUUUGGGAUCCAAGCUCUGCCAAAGGAUGGAACCGUAAAUGACAGCAACGUGACUUUUCUCCCAACCCGUCUCUAUAACCUUUCGAUGAUGCGCAUGAGCCAAUGGUAUCGAGGCAAGCAACCAGUCACGCUGAUGGACGGCGUUAAAGCCACCAGAGCAUUUCAAUGUACCGAUCCUCGAGACCACAUUCUGGGUGUCUUAGGCUACGCCUCGGAUAUCGAGAAAGAUAGCAUCAUUUCCCGAGACAACUUGUACUCUCUUUCGGUUCAAGAGUGUUACAUACGCUUCGCCCGAUCUCAGCUCCUGGAGAAGAAGGACCUCGGUGUUCUGGCAUGCGCGCCACAGAAACUGGUUACCGACGUUGCGCUCCCCUGGUACUACCGACCUGUAUACCGAUGGCAGCGUCGAAGGCUGUCAGAUCUCCCAACUUGGGUACCCGAUUUGAGAAACCAGGAGUUUGACGCGUUGCCAAGCUACAGCGUUCGGUAUGGCAAGUUCUCAGCCGGCGGCAUACAGCUUGGGAACGUCGAAAUCAUCGAUGACAAAAUACUAAGGUGUUCUGGCAUGCUAAUCGAUACCAUCGAGGAAGAUGGGAUCUCUUGGCCUGAGCUACCACUCCCACCGAAACCUAAGCGCGUCCCGUACCCGCUUGACAAGAUGGAUGCCUACUACGCCCGAAAUUCUUUAAGGUCGCUCAACUUCUACAAAUCCUGCGUUCGAGUUGCGUCAGGUUCUGAUCGCAUUCAAGACAUGUCCCCUGAACGCCUCUCUGAAUUCUGGAAGACCCUGACGUCUGAGAGAAGCCAGCUGAGCGACCGCAUCGACGUGGACCUUUCGGAGUCUAUCAAGGAUAUGAUAACGAACAUGGAGACCUGGCUCGUCUCCGAAGACCCCGAAGAGGCGAAUAAGGCACGAUUGGCUUUCGUCGCGGCUGCUGUGACGGUGGAGAUGACUAUCCUGGCUGCUGCCAGCCCACGGAGGUUCUCUCGCACAGCGGUCGGUAGGCUGUGCUUGGUGCCCAGAAAUGCAAAGGUUGGUGAUUCGAUAUGCUUGCUUCUUGGUUCCGAGGUUCCUUUCGUGGUUCGGCCUACGAAGGGAGGCAGGUACGAGCUCAUUGGGGAUGCGUACGUUAGUGGGGUCAUGGAUGGAGAAGCUAUUGCGUCUGGCGAAUAUUUCGAGACAGACAUCAACUUGGAGUAG